AAUUGUGUAUGUUUUGAUCUCAAACUUUCAAAGUUUGUCAAAAUUGUCUCGAUUUAAACAAAAUAUCGAGUGGCACUGAAUUAUAAUGUGCACUAAGUUAGUCUACUAAGCAAACUGAAUCCACAUCAAUAGUAUUGUCAACUAUAGUUAGCAAUGCCUCGAAGACGAGCAACCAAAAUAAAUGUACGUGCAACGCCAAAGGUGUCUCGCAGUACAGACGCCGAUAAACUGAGUGAGAAGGAGAGAGUAGACAAGAUGCAAGUGUUUCUGAGUGAUUAUGAUGAAAAAGUGGCAGUUCAGCUUAAAACUAUGGAAGAAGAGAAAAAACGCAUGCUUCAGAUUGUGUCAAGACGUCUACAUUUACAAAUUAUGCAAAUGCCAUGGGACGUGAGAAAGAUGACACUACAUGAUUUUAUUGCUGCUGGUGGCACCAUAGAAGCCGUGUCUGGGAAACAGGCUCUAUCAGAUGACAUGAAAGAAUCUACAGUCUUUAAAUCAAAUGGAAAUCGUUACGAGACUAUUCAUGAGGAGCAGUCUGAAUUCACAGUGCCUAAAGCAACUACCGGGAGAAGGAAACAGUAUGGAACAGGGGCAAAUAAAAUGAGAGGUCACCAAGAAGCUAUGUCAGCAAUAAAAUCAAGUUUCAAAACACCACACACAACCCAUGUAGCUGCAGGCUGGGAUACUCCUCUAAUAACACCCAAAUUCGACCCAAGACUGCCAUUCCAGUCUCAUAACAGCCGGGAUCCGAAGCCUGGUGAACGGUUGGUGUCUCUACAAGGCAGUCCAGUAGCCAUUUCCAACAAACAGGGGCCACAUGUUAAACUCACAGAUAACCACUUGACACUGAACGUAGAUCUGACAGAGGAGCUCACUCUGGACGACAUCGAUAUUGACCUGGAUGAAAACUAUAUCAAGAAAAUGAUGACAAUAUUCUCACAGAUCUCCACCAAACUUGCUGCCAAACGAGAAUCCACCAUGCAGUGACCGACACUAAUACGAGAUGCCCAGUCUUAUCACUGUCCAAACUAAAGACGACUUUUCACGGUCUUCCAAAUAACUCUGUACAUAACACACUCGUGCAUCAGUCUUACACAGGCUUUUCAUGGCUUCAGAAAAACUGUAAAUAGAAGUUUGGGGGUGGGGGGGGGUGGGGGGGGGGGGGGGGGAGAGAAAAUUCUUGAAAAACUAAAUCUCUGCUUUAUGGGUUGACAGUAAAUGGCAUUAUCAUAAUUGGUGGCCAUUUUCUAAUAUUUCUGUUUUCUUUAUGAGAUUCCUCUAUAGGAAUGCUCAAGAAGGUAGUUUGGGACAUCUGUAAAGUAUGUAGACCCUGAGAAGGUGGGAGAGGUAUUCUGGCAUUAACAUUUAAAGAGCGUACUGGGGAGGGGGGGUUAGCUGACGGACUAUAGGCUACUUUUCAGUGACUUCAACACUAAAUUGAUUAUGUUAUAUAAUUUAUAUUUAUGUACAGUGGUCUCUUGUCUACAUCAGCAGUUGUGUAAUCUGGGCAUUGUUUUACAAAGUGGUCUUGGCUCUAAACUCAACUUAAGUGCAUAAGGUGCUUUUAGUGCUAAGAUUGCUUCGUAAAGCAGGACCCUCAAUUUUUGUGCGACUAGAAUGAUCACAGUUCAUUUAGUGACAUAAUUUUGGGUUAAAUCUGUUUACAUCACAGCAUUUUGUCAGCCCCAGGCCCCCCGCCCCCCCCCCCCCCCCCCCCCCCCCCCCUUUGAAUUCGGCUGGUUUAGACAACCAACUGUAUUUCGUUUGUCUGUCUAUUUAUAUGUCUGUCUAGCAGUGCCUUUGCAUACAGAUUGAAAAAUCUGCCUAAAACAUUUUGUUCCAUUUGUUAGUCAAACCUUGCUGCCAGUACUGUCUUUCUUUUUGAAAAUGUUUUGUCUCACCCCGUCCAAUGAUGUUAGUGGCUGUGAGGUAUUUGAAUUCAUAAACAAGAAAGGCCAUUCAUAGUUAUUUAUAACUAUUAUUUCAUGGACUGUUUCAUGUCUAGGUUACAAAUUCUUCUGCAGAUAAAAUACUUCAUUGUCUGUAGUAUUAAAAUAAGAGUUUUGAAACCAGAUUUGAUAUUAAAAGUUGACUGAAAAAAGAAAUGUAAUAGAUGGCAAGAUAGGACUUAAUGGUAUUGAAUAUUAAAAUAUUAAUGAAAUUCAAGCUAUGCAAGCUAUGUUUAGUGGACAAUGAUGGGUGUAAUGGUAAAUGGUGUAAACAUAUUGACAUUGUUAUAUAUAUAUGCUAUACACUUGUGUAAAAUAUUGUGUAAUGUUAUUUGUAAUGCAUAUAUAUCAUACCAACAGGAUGGAUCUUGCAAAUUGAGGGGGGGGGGGGGGGGGGGGGUCUGUGCUUUCUGUUGACCUGUCUUAUGGACAUGUAUUUUGUAUUUAUUGUUCAGUUUAGCAAAGGUGCAAUUUUUGGGGAGAACUUCAAUUUGGGGUAUUGAAAAAAUAAAUAUAUGAAUACAUCUA